AUGUCCGCAACGGAAACCGUCCCUCCUGAGUCAGCACAGGCUGGAUCAUUCCCGUUGGCAGCACAGAUCCCCUUGAAGGAUUUCAAUCUACCAGAAUUUCCUCCAGAGGCCUCACAUCUGAGAGAACUCACCCUCACGGCGGACAUCAAGCUCGAUGAAUAUCAGAACCUGGUUCAGUCCAAGCCGCCCGAUGCCAUCGUCACCCAGCCACCCCUACCCAAUCUGCCACCGUCCAUCACCUCAUUGACGUUGGAAUUGUUCGGUCUAGGAUUUCCAGGCAACCCUCCGUUCUUGACCAGACUUUCCCGGAUGCUCCCGCACUUGAGGAGCUUAACACUGUUCAGCUGCCUCAUCGACGGCCUGGAUGAAGCCUCCCGAAAAGAUGCGGAGAAUUUCUUUGAAAACUUGCCAUUGCUUCAAGAGUUGCAUAUCAUUGACUCUUUCGCACGACCCGGCUUUUUCAAGACUCUCGGUGGGCUCUUCGACGCUCGAUCCAAAGAAGGUGACGGGAAGGGCAUCAAAGUGGUCGAUAUCAGCUACACGUUUCGCGGACAUGAGGACAGCGAUUUCUUGGCUCGAGUGCAGGGCGAGGAAUUAGCUGGACUGAUUGUCAAAGGCAUCGUGGGCGCCAGUUUUGACUUCGUGCCAUCUGUCGGGGAUGAUCUGGCAGAGGCGCCGGAGGGUCAAGACGGGAAAAAAGAGAAGGAGAAAAUGCCCCAGGGAAUCUUGCCAUUCGCAAGUGAUGGACGGGCACCGGCGGCGGUGAAGAAGAGGUUUGAAAACCUGAGCUUGGACGGACAGCUGGGCUCGGUGAAGGUGUUGAACCUGGGUAUGUGGUCUCUCCGACCGGUUGAGGUUGGAGAGGUGGUCUAUGCGUGUGCGGGAGGUGGUGAGGCCGGACUGGUUGAUCUUACCGUCAGUGUGCUAUUGGAAGAUAACUGGGUCGAUGAGUUGAUCAAAGGACUGGGUUACAAGGGCGGUGGAGGAGCCCUGGAAGGUAUCGAGAUCAUUGGAGUGCCGGAUAAAGCAAACGAAGAGGAUGAAGAUUGGAAAUCAGGGCUCGCCGUGAUGAAGAAGGAAGAAGUCGAAAAAUUAGGCGAGGCAUGUCCGAGGCUGGGCAAGUUCGGCAUGAGUAUUCUUAAGGUCAAGAGCGCGCCGAAUGUGCUGUUUAUGAAGGAACAAGGUUCUUGGACUCCAAGAUAA